AUGGUGCCGAUUCCUCCUGGACAAGUUUAUGCUAUAAAUGAUGCCUUGUCAGCUGAGGGAGCAGCAGAUGACUAUGAAGUGUGCUUGAAGCAGCUUGUUAAGAACGGUGUGAUUUCCAUGUCAGCAGCGACUGGAUUUCCCAGGUUUGAUCUCCAGCUUCUGGGAAUGGGACCUGAUGGCCACAUUGCAUCUCUCUUCCCUGGUCACCCUCUUGUUAAUGAGAAAGAGAGGUGGGUCACAUACAUUAAGGAUUCUCCAAAACCACCACCAGAGAGAAUCACAUUUACAUUUCCAGUAAUCAACUCAUCUGCAUAUGUUGUAACUGGAGCUGGAAAGGCUGCAGCGGUGCAGAAAGCACUUUCAGACAAGCAAACCUCAUCGGAUUUGCUGCCUGUUGAGAUGGCUGUACUGCAAGAUGGAGAAUUCACUUGGUUCACUGACAAGGCAGCAGUGUCCAUGCUGCAGAACAAGUAA